UUUUGGUAACAAAUUUGACUCGCGAUGUAAACAUGACCCAAAGGAGGGUGGUCACAUUUGAUGAUGACGUAAUAGGCGUACAUAGAGAAACGACCACACGAAAAAUGGCAGCUUCCGUCUCGUGUGGUAACUACCGCUGUCUCCAAGAAAGAAAACAGCUUCGGAAAGAACUCGAAAAGUCAAGAAAACAAUUUAUCAGUUCAAUAGGAUUUGAAUGUGUCGUGAAAGAGCUUUAUGGGGUGGAGUCUGUGAAGAGGAUAACACCAUUCAACGAUGAAGCAAGGCAUGAGGCAGAGGAUUGGGACCCAUCAGUUGCCGAGAUCUGCCAGCUAUGCAUGGCAAGGAAACAGCUUGUCAAGGAAUCAAUUGCAAGACAUGAGCGAUAUAUUGAUGAGUACACUGGUAAUUUCGAGACCAUAGCUGAUGUGAGUGACGGUCAACCCCUGGACCUAAGCCGGGCAGGUGUAGUGGAAGAUGAAAGAAACACAGAGAGUCCAGUGGCACUAGCGACACCACGUAAGAACCAAUCGUCACUCAAGGUGCCUUUCAUCAAAGUGAAGAACAAAAACAAACUUGGACGUCUUGGAAAGACAGGUACAUAUUCUAAUUAUACACAAGCUGAUCUCAAACUUGCCUUAGCGGAUGUUCGUAGUGGGAAAAUCGGAACAAGACGUGCAUCAGUGCUCUAUGGUAUCCCACGAUCCACCAUUCGCAACCACCUUAAUCGCAAUUCGUUCCUAAAUGAGGAUGAUAAUCAAGGGGUACAGAACAAUCGCUAUAAGAGAGGUGCACCCAAGGUAGAAACGACCAUUAAAGAGAAGGAAAUAGAUAAGCCUAAAAUCACACUACCACAAGACUCAAAUUCAUAUGGCAGCGUGUGCUUUGCCAAGGAUGGUGAAGAUGUCAUUUCCCGGCUCAGGAAGCACCUGGAAGAGGUAGAAAAGUGUAAGACACGAAUUGACGGUAAGCAAACCGUUGGCCGUCUCCUUUUGCAGGAGAUGCUUUCAGGUCAGGCUAAUAAAGCAAGAGAUCAAGAUGAUAAGCUUAAGAUUAGCCACAAGUCCAGCCUACCGAAAAGUGUCUUUGAGUACCUCAUUGAAAAACAUCUGGAAAAUGUUAAUGAAGAGAUUGAUGCGGGUGAGAAUCGUGAGAACAUCCAAACACAGAAGAUAAAGUCUGGCCAGGUGGAUCCUAAAUUGAAAGUGCCUGAUUUUAAACCGGUCAAUAGUGGACCGGAUAAAGAUAAACCGUUCGUUAUCGAAGAAACACGAAAUACUGCUGCUGUUAUAAAUGAAUGGUUCAAACGGUCUGCUUCACCGUUAAUAGACAUGACAUCCCAAGAACAUGACUCUUACACAAAUUCCACAACUGGUAGAUCAGUGUCGUCUGACGAGUAUAAUAGCAGCCAAAGUAAACGACCGAAACGAGGCCGAUAUCGCUGUUAUGAUCGAGAGAGUCUUAUGCAAGCCGUAAAUGCUGUGCAGCGUGGAGAGAUGACCGUGACAAGAGCUGGCAAUGUUUUUGGUGUCCCACAUUCCACGUUGGAGUACAAAGUCAAAGAGCGCCAUUUAAAACGCACUUCAAAACGAUCGUCAGAAGAUAAAGCGCAAACUAGUAGUGCUCACUCCGAUCACUCUGACAACCAAAGUUCACAAGAACCUGAAAUUUUCAAACCGCAAAGGUUAGCCCCAGCAGCGAUGAUGUACCCAAUCGGUAGCACCAUCAUGCCAUCAUACGAUAGCUUUGCAAGUCGCUUACGUGCAAUCAGCGAACGCCAACUGUGGCAUAGUAUGUUUCCAUAUUCAAUUGAUCCCGAAGCUCUGCGACAUUUAUCAGAAUCAGCAAGUCACUACUACAGGUCACAUCCGCUUUACUCUGGACAGUAUCUAGACGAAGAUUAUUACCUCCUAAACAACAGGCAGUCAACAUCACUCGCUUUACACCCGUCACCAAGAGAAUCAGUACUUGGUGAUCAGGCGUACAAAGCUGACUCUGAAACUGAGCAUGUCGUGCCCAACACCUACGAGAACUCUACCGUGAAGCAGGAAGUGAAACGAGAGAAGAGUUCCAAUAUUAAUAACAUCAUAGAGAAGCUUUUAGAAGCUCAGAUUUACCAACAGGUGAAAAACAUACGAGAUCCAUCUUCAUCGUCCACACCAGAUAAACAAGAGACAUUGGAGGAACCCGCCGAAGAGGAACCAGUCAUCAACGAUCUUUCAAAUUCCACACGGAAACGACCAACUGAAGAAGAGGAAAACGAGGAAUCAAUACCCACCAAGAAAAGUUGCCAUGAUGAUGCAGAAAAAUCUCAAAAAAUCACCGAGAAAGUAGGUGCAAUACCAGUUUGAUUUUCCAGAAAUCAAGUGUUUAAAAUGUGUUUAAAAAUUGUGAACCAUGAAAUAGAAUGUUUGAUUUAUUAAUUUAAUUUAUUAAUCGAUCAUUUUUUAAUUGGAACGGUAGUUGUUGGUAUUAAAACUACAAAGGAGAGUUUUUAUUAGUACAUCAUUAGACCGUGUCUUUCAGUGAUUUGUGUUCAAUUUAAGUUAGUUCAUUGUUUUAGACCCGUAGAUAAAAUUCAAAAUCAUGGAAAUAUGCCAUUAAAUAUAACUUGUAAAUGUUUGCUGCCUAAAUAAAUUGAAUAUAUGAAAAAAAAACACAAAUAUGUUACAGAGUAACAGCCUUAAUUAAAUUAUACUGGUAAGUUCUGUCACCAGUUUUUGCAUAAUUGGAAAAGUCAAGAUAUUCUGGUUUGUUACAUCAAACCUCUGAAAUAUCAUUUACAGAUAUAUAGUUUAUUCCAGGUUUUUUAUCUAAAUGAUUUUGUUGUAUUUGUAUUUGUUCAGAUAUAAAUUUUCCAAUAAGAAGUAAUUAAAUGAUGCUUUUGAAAUUCCUUUGUUUAAUACGAAAUAACAGAUUUUUUGUAACCGAUUUCUAUUAGCAAGUGAUGUGUUGUACAGAAUCGAUAAUGUUGAAGCAUUCUUGAUUCAUCUCAAUUAUGGUGCUAAAUUGAAUGGAAGUUCCCAUCACUUACAAAUAUAUCAUCAUGGUAACAACUUUCAUGAUUUUGAUGUUCGAUGUCAGUUUUUUGUAGUCUUUUGUAUGGUCUAAAAAACUUCAGCUUUUUUAUAUCUGAUAGGCACUUCGAUGCUGAAGACGUAGAUGGUAUGAAAUACCUUCUUUGCAGCAGUUAAAGUGAUAAUUAAGUCAUACAUCAUGUGCUAUUGUGAGCAUUUGUAGGUAACAAAACAGGGUAAAACACUCCCUUUUUAGAAUGGAAUAGCCUUACUAUGGUGAGCAUGUAUUGUAUAUAGUGAUUAACAUUCUAAUAAAACACCCAUUUUCAGAAUGGAAUAUUUUCUAACCUCUGACCUUGGUAAGGGCACAGUUGGAUUCGUCUUUGACAUCCUUGGCCAUAUCUGAUAUAAUUGCAUAAUAAUAAUCGUUAUCAACAACCAAAUUGCAACAAAGUAGUACGUAUAUUUUCACAAUUUAACUAAUUAAAUAGCUCAGAUGUGCAUAAAAGUACAAUCUUUUGACCUUGAUUUUCUUGUACUGCAGUAGGAUCGUGUCGUCCUCACUUCCUUACACGUGUGAGGUUGCCAUGUUGAUAUUACACGCAACAAAAGUAUCUGCUUAUAGUUUCAUGAAAACCAAGAGCUGGAAAAUGUGUGUUAACAAGUGAUUUCAUUUGUGAACUAACUGUGAAUUGUAUAAUAGCAGAGAUUAAAACUGUGUUGUACGCAGAUACAGUCAAUUUGUUUUUAUUUAUUGACAGUUGCAUGAAAAUUGAAGAGAAAUAUUUGUAUAACUUGUGAUUUUUGUAGGUUAUUAUAAAUGAGAUAAACUAUGUUAUUAUUUCUGUUAAAAGAACAUAAAAUGUAUAUAAUUUUGUUCGGUUAACAAUUUUGCCUUGGUGCAAUAGAGGGCAGUGUUUGGAUCAUGAACAAUAGACGUGCAUGUAAAAAAAGAGAAAAAAAACUUAUCUUUCAUGAUUUCAAAUAGCUGGCCUGUUGUUUUAGGUUUGCUAUGUUCACAGGAUCGUUGCAUACGGGGAGCAACAGCUUAUAGCAAUUAAUAGAGAAGUGUAAAAAAAGACGAAGUCUUUACAGCCUGUUUCAUAUACUAAACAUGUCAUAGUCACAUAAAAUUCAAGAACUGGGUUGUUAGGCUACAUGAGGACCUUGCAGAAACAGUGAUAAAACUCUUUUAUUUUAGGAUCACCAAUCAUGCAUUAUCUAUUUGUCAUUUCUCAACAUUUAUAUUUCAUUUUGUUUUGAAUUCUUGAUUUUAUGAAGCCAGAUAAAAUUCAUACAAGAUUUAUGAAAUUUAAGAUGCACACCUGGAAAGGUGUUAAUGAAUCUUCUUUCUACAAAAAUGACAUUUCUAAGCUGAACAUGCAGUGGUCAUCAAUAACAUUUUAUUCAUCAUUUUGGCAGGAAAAUUAAUCAAAAAAAGGAACAAAAAAUUGCUAAUAACUGAUUACAGUUAUCCCCAAGAACUCUAUAAUUUGAGAAAUUAAUAAAAUAUCUAAACAUUAAUUACAUGACAUUAUAGAUUCUAGGUCAGAUUUAACUGAAACUAUAUAAGAUUUUUUUUAACCAAGAUUUAUUAAGAAAUGUGAAGGAAAUCAAGACCAUAGAAAAUCUGAUUUAUUUUUUCUUUCCAAAUUUAUUCUAAUGAAUUGAAUUAAUCAAGAAUGUUUCUGAUUAAUGGAACAUUUAUUGUGUCUGACCAUCCCAUGUCAUAUGACAGAUAUUUAAUUUUUUUUCCCUAAUUAAAAGACAUCUUUUUUUAAACUCUUCAUAUUUAAUUGAAUAUUUUCAUAAGAGUGUUAUAAGAACAGAGUCUUGCCUCCAAUGUGUGCAUAGGAGAACAUUUGUGCUUUUUGUAAAUUUAUAUGUGCUUCUUGCUAGUGUAAAAUAGUUGUAGUGUAAACAAUUUCACUAAACCCCAUAGUGGGGCACUUUAUUUCAUUUAGCUGUAAAUCUAAGCAAUCUGGAAUUUAUGCACAUUUAUUAAAUUUAAUUAAAUACACUUAUUAUUAAUUGCAUUAUUAUUUUUGAAUUACCUUCAAUUAAUUAGUGUGAUUUGUUUGUUAAAAUUACCCCGUACAAAUGCUCAUUCUUAAUGAUUAUUCAAUUUAUUAUAUAUUAUUAUUAUUUAGUUGUUUAUUAUUUAUAUAUAUAUAUUAUUCAAUUAGGUAUUUCUCAUAUUUACCACUGUUUGACUUUACAAUCAAUAUAAAACCAUGUUCUGUUGAAUUAAACAAAACAACUAGUACAGCUCAUUGUUAUAAUCUGCAUACAGUAUUGUUGUUAUUAUGUUCCUUUAUUUGUACAGGUAUGCAUAACAAUUUAUAUUAAUACCAUUACAGCACCGUGAGUAUGCAUUGUAAUUUUGUUUUCUCCAAAGGUUUUAUCAAAGUGUGCUUAACUAUUUUGUUUGAUAUUAAAUUUCAAAUGUUCCAUCUGAA